ACGCGUAUUUUUUUUUAGAAUCUCUUUUAAUUAUGCUUUCAGGUGUUCUAACAAGUCGAUUACAAAAAGAGCUAUUGGAUCUCGAAAAAGAUCCUCCUCCAGGUGUGAGUUGCUAUCCAAAAGAAGACAACAUUACCGAUCUAGAAGCAAUCGUUAAAGGACCACCUGAAUCACCUUAUGAAAAGGGACUUUUCAAAUUAGACAUUCAAAUACCAUUAAGUUAUCCUUUCGAUCCUCCUCAAAUACGUUUUGUUACUUUAAUUUACCAUCCUAAUAUUGAUGAUACUGGUCGAAUUUGCGCAGAUAUUCUCAAAAAAGGGCAGGGCUGGAGACCUGCCUUAAAUCUUUCGACUACGCUUUUACUCUUGAGUCAAUUGCUUGCUCAACCUAAUCCUGAUGAUCCACUUGAUGCAGAUAUUGCAAAAGAAUAUCAAUUUGAUUAUCCUACAUUCAAACAAAAAGCAAUAGAAUAUACACAAAAGUAUGCUGCUGGUGAAGACAUGACUGCAGAAUCUAAACAACCUAUACCUGAAAAAGAAAUGGUGCAACAACAACAAAAAGAAGAAGAAAUCAAACCACAAAAGAAAACAAAACUAUCACUAUCGAGAAAUAAAAGCAGCUCUCAAAGUCAACCAACAAUAGUUCAAAACAAAAAAAGGCAAGCCGAUGCUUCUCCUAAUCAUCCAGCCGUAAUUAAAGAUACAAAAGCACCCAAAACUAUAAAGAAGCAAGCCAAUGUAUCUAACAGUCAACAACAGAAAAGUGAAAGUCAUUGUACUAAAGAAGUAAAAGUCAAUUGUUCAUCAGACACAAACAAACAAAUUAGUCAACAAGAAAAAGCUUCAGAUGUCAAAAAGAAAUCUGAUUCUGUUGUUGUGUUAAUUGAAAAACCAGCUACACAAAAAGAGGAAGAGAAAGAAGACUUGUCCAAGAAACGAUCAUUUAAUGCAUUGUUUGACAAGGACAUUAUUAUUUUAUCUGAUGAUGAAGAUCCUGUAUUACACAGCCUUCAAUUGGAUCGAAAGCAAAAGAGGACUAAAAUGUUAAGUUUAAGCAAGAAAAAAAAACCAUCAUGAGUCAGCUUAAAUUUCAUUUGCAGUCACAAUGCUUCUCACACUUUAACUAUGUACCAUAUUCAUCUCCUUCACAUGCAUAUAUAAAGUCCCUAUUUUAU